CGGCUUUUGUCAAAUUUUUUUACUUUUUCGUAGUAGGUUUAGAAUAAUUUAUUACGCAGUUUAGGAUAAUAAACGCAGCAGUUUAGGAUAAUUAGGUUAAGGCUAGGAAAAGAGGUAGGUUUUGCUACAAUGCAAAAAAAUGUCAAUAUACUUACUAAUAUACGACAAUUUGACAAAACGCUGUAUCCCAUCUAGGCAUGACCUUGUUUAGCUAGCUAGCUAUCUAGCUAGUUGUCCUGUAUUUUUUAACCGUUUUCUAAUUUUAGCAGCCCGGUUUAACCAGAAUAUUUGGUCUCGGGAAUAAAACAGUAACACCGAUGACCGACUGUGAGGGACUACAAGACGUUUCAUGUAGUUUUUACUCUUGAAGAAUAUGGAGGUAGUGGACAGUCCUCUUAACCUCGCCCAUCAGCAGUCCAGGAAGGCAGACCGUUUGUUGGCAGCUGGUAAAUAUGAAGAAGCUAUUUCCUGCCAUGGGAAAGCUGCAGAGCUGCUGAGGGAAGCCAUGAAGUUAACGGAGUGUGAACAGGCUGGUUUGUCCAUGGCGCUCCAGAGGGACAGUCACGUGAAGCAGCAGCGUCUUAUUGAGGAGAAGUGGAAGAGAACUAGACAGGAGGGCAAGCCCAUGGUCCUCCAGAGCCACCCCUCUACCGACCAGCCCCACGGCCUCGUGACCGACGAGCCCCCGCGUCACCCAGAGAGGGAGUACGACACCUGGCUGUACCUCCUAAAGAACAAGGGUUCCCCUCCUCCCCCCACGCCGUGCCCCGGCAGCAAGGCCCACAAGGAUGACAAGACACGUCUGGAAGAGCAGCAGACCACUAUCGUUAACCUGCGGCGCCACAUAGAUCAUCUGCUGGGAGAGAACGAGAAACUGUCCCGGGACAACCAGCGCCUGCGAGGGGAGAACGUCCGUCUGAAGAGGGACGCAGCGGACACAGACUUACUGGAGAAAUCAGAGCUGUGGGUUCUGCCCCAGUCAGAGGAGAGGAAGAACAAGGAUAUCUCCAUACCUAACCUGCCACCUCUGGAGAUGCCCACCCAGGUUAUCUCUCUGGACGACCUGCCUGCCCUGGAGCUCCCAGAGGACAUCCAGCACGAGCUGCAGGCGUUGCUGGACAGAGACGACAAGCUGUGAUGAGACAGGUGGACAGACAAGAGACCCCAGCCAGUCCAGUCCAGUACUAACUAACUAAAGGAAGCCUCUCUACAGAGAGACUGUCCAGACUAGACUGGAAGAAAGCUGGCAAAUGUCAAUAAAAGUGUUUGUUUGGUUGGUGGCCUCAGCCACUAGAUAGCAAACACAAAUGGUCACAGUGACAAGUUGGUAAAUGUCAUUUCUCGUUCUGUCUGUCUCCUCAGUGUCUCUACUACUGGGUACUACAUCUCAUUCACACACACACACACACACACACACACACACACACACACACACACACACACACACACACACACACACACACACACACACACACACACACACACACACACACACACACACACCAAACUCUUUGCAUAAAUUGUGCCUUUGAAAAUGUCUGAAAUGAAGUGAAAAGGGAGUGACUGUCUUCAUUGAUAACAGGCCUCUAUAUCUGGAGGCCCUGACUGGUUGACCCUCUGAUACCCACCAGGGAUGAGGUACUGACCCUCUGAUACCCACCAGGGACAUUAAACUGACCCUCUGAUACCCACCAGGGACGACAUACUGACCCUCUGAUACCCACCAGGGACGACGUACUGACCCUCUGAUACCCACCAGGGACGACGUACUGACCCUCUGAUACCCACCAGGGACGACGUACUGACCCUCUGAUACCCACCAGGGAUGACGUACUGACCCUCUGAUACCCACCAGGGAUGACGUACUGACCCUCUGAUACCCACCAGGGAUGACGUACUGACCCUCUGAUACCCACCAGGGAUGACCCUCUGAUACCCACCAGGGAUGACCCUCUGAUACCCACCAGGGAUGACCCUCUGAUACCCACCAGGGACGACCCUCUGAUACAUUUACAUUUUACAUUUAAGUCAUUUAGCAGACGCUCUUAUCCAGAGCGACUUACAAAUUGGUGCAUACACCUUAUGAUAUCCAGUGGAUACCCACCAGGGAUGACCCUCUGAUACCCACCAGGGAUGACCCUCUGAUACCCACCAGGGACUUUAUACUGAUCCUCUAAUACCCACCAGGGAUGACAUACUGACCCUCUGAUACCCUCCAGGGAUGACCCUCUGAUACCCACCAGGGAUGACGUACUGACCCUCUGAUACCCACCAGGGAUGACGUACUGACCCUCUGAUACCCACCAGGGAUGAGCCUCUGAUACUGACCCUCUGAUACCCACCAGGGAUGAGCCUCUGAUACUGACCCUCUGAUACCCACCAGGGACGACCCUCUGACACCCACCAGGGACGACCCUCUGACACCCACCAGGGACGACCCUCUGACACCCACCAGGGACGACCCUCUGACACCCACCAGGGACGACAUACUGACCCUCUGAUACCCACCAGGGAUGACCCUCAGAUACCCACCAGGGAUGACCCUCAGAUACCCACCAGGGAUGACGUACUGACCCUCUGAUACCCACCAGGGACGACCCUCUGAUACCCACCAUGGAUGACAUACUGACCCUCUGAUACCCACCAGGGAUGACGUACUGACCCACCAGGGGGCAGACAGCCGCUGCAGUGGAGCCUCUAUGGAGCCUGACCUACAUCCAUAGUGUGUGAGUGUUGUUGUCUUGUGCCCCACCAGCUGUCUGUCAGAUAUCCAGUGGAGACGUCUGCGUGGGGAGAGUAAGUAAGGUUGCAAAACUCCAGGAACUUUACAGAAAAUCUGGUUGGACGCUUCCGGAUUAUUCUGCUUAUUCCCGGGAAACUUCCUACCAGGAUUUCUGGGUAAUUUAUUGAAGGUUCCCGGAAUUCUGCAGCCCUCGUAGAGAAUAGUAUCACUGAGUGAACCUGUAGUUUAAAUCCUGACCUUUCCUUCAUCAUUUUUACCAACAACAUGUGAAGGACCUUGACUUUAGAUUUUAAUGGUGAAUGGUGUGUUUGUCCAUAAGCCCUUCAAUGCAACGUUUUUUUUUGUUUCUUUUGGCAUUUUAAAUGUUUCUUAAUAAAUGAAAACAAGUGUA